AUGCCGCCCCUGGGGAAACGCCUCGUGGUAUGUCUCGAUGGCACAUGGGUCAACAGCGAUCAAGGAUAUAAUCGCCCCACCGUUCAUGAUCCUAAUUACACACUCCAAGUACCUUCGAACGUGACCCGGCUCUAUCGGGCACUGCGCAAGAAAGGUCUGGAUGGGAUGAGCCAAGUUGUAUACUACCACGCAGGUGUCGGCACCUCUGGUUCUGUCUCGGAUGAAAUCGCGGGAGGGGUCUUCGGUGCUGGAGUUGGCGAGAAUAUUAGAGAAGCUUACAGCUUCAUCGCAACAAACUAUGAGCCUGGCGAUGAGAUCAUGCUUAUUGGAUUUUCCCGAGGUGCAUUUACUGCUCGUAGCGUGGCUGGACUGAUCGCUCAAAUUGGUCUACUCACCUCGAGAGGAAUGGAGUAUCUUUAUCCUAUUUUCAAGGAUUCAGAAAAUUUCAGAAACCCUGACUACAAGGACAAGUUUCCCACGAUACCAUUCCCGAACAAACCCCUCGACCAAAGAGAAUACAAGCUACGCCUGGAAGAUGAAGGACUCACCCGGCUCUAUGAUCCUGAUGGUAACCGCAUCAAAGUCCGCUGCGUCGCAGUCUUUGAAACACACGCCUUCCAAGCACUCGCUCUAGACGAAGUCCGCACAUCAUUCGCCCCGGCCGUAUGGGAACGCCCUCGCGGUGUCCAUACCGAUCUUCGACAAGUCUGGUUUUGUGGCGCCCACUCCAAUGUCGGCGGUGGUCUGCCCGACCAAGAGCUCGCCAACGUCUCCAUGGCCUGGAUGAUGGACCAACUCGCAGACCUUGGCGUAUCCUUCGAGGAAGACACCAUUGAUAGAAUCUUCCGAGAGAGUGUACAAUACUACUACGAUCAAGACCAAGAUGGGAUGGGAGCUAAGGAUAGCCCCAAACACGAUCGAUGGAAACAAUGGGCGGCGGAUUCCAUCUACGAGGAGCAUAGACCCGUACGACCGUGGGGUUUGGGCGAGAUCAUUCAACCUGACAUCGGAUUCUACAAGCUAGCCGGGAAAACCACUCGCACACCGGGGAUGUAUCGUCGUAUCGAUCCGGAAACUGCACUUCCAACGGAUGAAUUUCUGGAAAAUACGAACGAGCGCAUCCAUCGGUCUGUGCGAAUUCGGCUCGCUCUGGAAGGGUUAAACUAUGAUGAUGUCGGGUUGUACAAAUGCCGCGCCCUCUUGAGGAAAGGGCCGUGGCUACUUGAGAAGGUACGGGUGAGGUCUCGCCGGGAAAUACGCGAUCUGGAUUCUUAUGGGGACGAGGAGGAUAUUAUCCAGCAGAAUGAGGAAUCCCGGUGGGGAUGGGUGUAUGACGGGCCUGCAAAGGAGACGCCUCCAAAGGUGAUCAUGCUGGAAGAGGUAUUGGGUCCGUAUGAGAAGAAGCUUCUUAGUAUGAACAAGGGUCGGCCAUUCUACAGAGCUAUCUUGAGAGAGAACAGACGGUGA